UAUUACAUGUUAAACGUUUAUUUUAAAUAUUGAUCCGAAUUAAAUUUUAAAAUUAAAACGCGGUUGGGCAACACCGUCGCUUGUUCAAUUACUGCUCACGCCGCGAGAGAGGGAGAGAGAGAGAGAGAGAGCGAGAGAGAUAACGAAAGCAGUGAUAACGUGAUAAUCGCCGUUCUUGCUGGAUUUUCCAUUGUGAACCAUUUUGCAAAAUUCAUUCUGCGUGAUGUCCGACAAUCUGAAAGUGGAUCAGCCGGGCAACACGGCCCAGUUUACCAUAAUGCCAACAUCAGUGAUCACCUACGGCAUGGUGCACAAGCUGGAAUGCGUCCAGGAGCGCAAAGUAACGCUGCCCACGCCCGAAGACGACGGUGCCGCCGGCGAGCCAAAGGAUCAGCACUCGCCGGUGCUAUACAAGUGGAACUCACCCUGCCUGAUGAUGGUGUUCGACGAUGGCGAUCUGAACAGCGCCACGCAUCAUCUGCUGGCCUCGCUGCACAAUCCGUUCGCGGAGAACGCGGUGGCCACGCUGCUCAUCCAGGAGAGCGUGCGCGAUUCGUUUCUGGAGCGCGUCGUCCAGCGCUUGGAGCCGCUCGAUCCGCAAAUCGCCAAUCAUCCCAAUUAUGUGCGCUCGGUGGCCAAACUGCAGAAACUGAAGGCGGAGACAAUUGUGGGCAAUCCGAAGACUGUGCCAGCGAAUGCCACGCCCAUGCUGGUCAGCGAUAUAUUCCAUAAUUUUCUGGGCGACGGACCCACGGGCAUCAUCACCAUGCACACCUUCCGCACACCCAAAGACGCCACCCAAGUGAAUCAGAAGGAGACGCUCGCCUAUGGCUCGGUCAGCAUCUGGAACGAGAAACUGGCCAGCCCCUAUGAGGUGUGCGCCCUGCUCAAAAACGAGAUCUUCAUGAUCAACUGCUACAACAUCGAUCUGGCCCCGAUCCAGCCCUCCUUUGCCGCGGGCAAGAGCGAUGCCAAGAUCGUCAAUGGCUACCACUUUGAGACGCUCACCACAAAUCACAAGCGCAAGAUCAUUGUCUUUGCCGUCGGCACCAUCUUCGCCAACUGAUCGGUUGGACGGGGAUCUGCAAGGCUUCACAAGGUGCUCCACUAGCUUUUAACUGACUGUUAUCCCGAUCGUAUAUAUACAUAUAUAUGUCCGAUUUGUCUGCCAUUUGUUUUUUUUUUUUCUGUCAAUUGUAGAAGGUUCUGCAGGCCUGUGGCAUGCAUCAAGUGUGCACGACUAACAGUUACCCUGUAAACGGUGACGAGCUGCGCUCAUUUCACAUUUGCCAUAGCUGAUUCGUAAAUAAGUUUGUUCGAUUAGAAUGAAAUCAGAAUUUAAGAAUAGCAUUUAAAUUUGUAUAUGCAUCCCACAUGAAAUCAGCCUGAAUACUCGUUAAUUUGUCUGUAUACCCUUUGUUGCAAUGGAAUCUGCUGUUCGAUUAUAAUGGAAUGUUAAAAACUUAA